AUGCGGUCAGUGGAAUCAGCGGCUUCCGUUCCUCCUGUUCUUGAGACGUUCAGAAGUCCCGCGCAUCCUGCUUCGUAUCACCCGCAGCGGAGCCACCGUACUUCCGCAUCUGCCGUUCCUUCCGCGCAUGGAGCUCCAGAAGCAGCGGAUUCGGCGCUCACCCAAUACCCGCCGCAGUUUCCGCAGGCGCUUCGGAACUGCUACUCCGCCCCGCAACCCGGCGAGUCGGAAACUUGCGUGCUCUCACGGCAGCUCGCCGGCGCGCGGGAGAUUAAAGUCAUGGCUCGUGACACGGCGGUGUGCGGUUCCAUGGUUGAAAUGGGAGCAGCGAAAGUGCUGUUGUCGCUUGUAGACAGCGUGAUAGAAGCGGAGGAAGGAAGGGAGUCCAUGGAUUCGCGUUAUGAGGUUGCUGAGGAGGCAGCUGCCGCGCUGCUGAACUUGUCUCUAGAUAAGACCGCCAAGCACAUGAUGAGGAGCCAUGGCAUCAUCCCUACCAUUGUGAGGUUGGCUGACAUCACCCGCAGCAGUCCGGACUGCCCUGACGGUGCCAGUGGUAAUGCUCAUAAGUUACCCAACAAUGCCCAGCAGAAUGACAUAAGCAGCUAUUCUGACGGUAGCGCCGGGACCCCCACCUCCACCCGCACCAGCUCCGCGCAUUUGCCACUUAGAGAGCUCGCAGUGGCGAUAAUCCAUAGCCUUGCACAGUCAACAGCGCUGAAAGAGGACCUGGUGGAUCAGUGGGUGGUGCAGCCGCUGGUAGGCCUGUUGAGGGAGCCAGCAUGCAGCAAGGAGGGACAGAAGGACGCCUUGUACGCGCUCUACCUCUUAUCUAUGUGCGAGUCUGGGAGGUUGGCUCUUGCGUAUCGCGGCACUGUGCCUUUGCUGCUGGAGGUGGCGCUGUGCGGUACGCAAAGAAUUGGCCAUCUGUAUGCGAAGCAGUCAGGGAGAUUCUUUGACAAGGCCAUUCAUGCAGUGGCGAAUGUAUCCGAGGAGCGACCGGGACUUGCUGCUUUGGAUCACAAUGUGUCCAAUGUGCUCCCCCUCAAGUCAGCGGAGCCGCUCAAGUCUCCCCACGUCGACGCCAGUGGCCAACCAUGA